AUGCGUGUCGCAAUUACUCUCGCAGCGCUGACAUCAGUCGCAUCGAGCAUCAUCCUCCCCCGUCAAGAGUCGAAUGAUACAAGCAGUGCGCCAGUCGUUGUUGCAUCACAGUACGAUGGGACAUGUUUUUAUCCUGUCCCCGACGCAAAAUUUGACCUUGAAUCGUAUCUCGGGACAUGGUACCAGGUCGCCGGCACGCCUUUCGGCCCUACCGCAGGAGCGAGAUGUAUUUCCGGCAAUUACGCUCUCAAUGAUAAUGGCACAAUCAGAGUUGUGAAUACUGCGACGCGAGGAAAUGCCUCACGCAGUAUUGUGGGUACUGCCACCGCCGUAGAUUCGGCGUACGGCGCCGGCGGCGCUUUUGUGGUCAGCUUUCCUGGAGCGUCGAGGCCUGAGUGCCCGGGACCAAAUUACAUUGUGCAAGAUUACGCGAUCGAUUGGGCGAUUGUGCAAACACAUAGAUGGAAAACAUUGUACAUUCUCAGCAGAGAGCGAAACCCACCUGCUGCAAAAAUCGACGCUUGGAUCAAGCGCGCGGUAGCUUUCGGGUCAAACGCUACGACUAUAUCGAAAUUUGACCAAGCUGGUUGUUAG